AUGAGGCUCUCAAAGCUGAUGGUUUCUUUCUUCGCCAAUGUUGCCUGCUUCGUCUCUCUGUUUGUCGGAGUGGGCGUGUCGUGGCCAGCUAUCGUCCUAUACGGAAGCAAGGUCGUCCCUCUGCCCCGCCCACCUCCGGCCACCGGACACAUCCUCGGUGUCAUCUGUGCCGUCCGGAACGAGAUGGACUCGACCCCCUACCCUAUGGCGUUCUUCGGCUACUUAUGGUGCGGGGUGAGCUUCUGCUUCCUGAUCCUGUCCGUUCUCUACAGCCUCAUCGGGAAGGUGAUGUUGAAGCGACGACGAGCCAAGAAGAGGAGGAAGAAGAAGAUGGUGGAGUUCGAGGCGGAGAAAGCGAGAGAGGACGCAGAGAACGCUGACGUGCCGCUAAAUAGCGAGAACGGAUGUCACCUCAAUACGGGAGAGGCCGGCUUGACGUUGGGCGUAAGCGGAAUGAUCACCGCUGAACCGUCAGUGACGCAGGAAAGUGCCGCCGAGCCGGAGACUCACGUCUGUGGGAGUGGGCGUUGUGCGGGGGACCUCGGGAGCCACUUCAGCAGCUGGCGCGGCGCGCGGUUGAGGCCGCCGAAGUCUACGCUCAUGCUGUUCGCGAUCAGCGCCGUCUUCGUCUUGUCCUUCGUCCCCUUUCUCAUCAUCAUGAUCAUCCGUCAGCACGUCGGGCCUUUGUUCUACCCGUCGCUGAGUCCGGGAGCCCAGGUGGUCGUCAACGUGUUUUCCCGCUCCUACCUGGUCAACAACGUGGCGAACCCCAUCGUGUACGGGAUGUGCAACAAGCAGUUCCGAGAUGAGGUCCGGAAGGCUCUCAGGUUGCCACGGCGACGGCUUCACGCAAGUUUGUCACGUGACGAGUCUAAACUGGCCCCGAGUAUGUCCUGCUGACGCCAGGCUGACGUCACCGACUCGAACUCCGAGGGGCAGGUUUCGGACUGACGUCAUAGACAUUUCUGGGAGAACGAAAUAUAAAUCAUCAUGGUAAGGGAAGUCAGAGCUCCCUAAACAACAGCAAGGAAACUUAACACGGUUUAUUGCACACACGUGUAGCGGCAGUCAUCUAUAACCCUAUUCUUUAGGCGCCGCCCGUGGCUACAUUCCCAUCGUCGCUCAUUCGCCAGGCACUUACGUCAGUGUUUUGAAGAUUACUUAUGUGUUAUAAGUCGAAGCUCGUUGUUUCACUCAUGAGUUACUGGGAUGUUAAUGUACUUAACUUGAACUGCGGAAGAACGAGGUCAAGCCUCAUGCAGUGGUGAGAAACAGAAACAUUUUGUGACGUCCUGUGUUAUUUACGGAGAAAAACAGAACAGUUCUUGUGGCAUUAAAGGGAGAAGAAGCUCCAAGCAGAGUCUUUUAAAAAGUUGCUCUCUCAUGAGCCAAAAUUGUCAGAAUCUUUUUCCUCUCAGAAAACUGUUUUAAUUUGUUGUGAACCCCCCCCCCCUUUUCCCCCCUCCUCUUUCCCGAUGUGAUUGUGAUAUUAGAGGAAGCGGACAGUUACGACCUUGCCUGUCAGCGGGGAAAACGGGCGUACAUCUCACCAGACAGACAGACAGACAGACACACUUCGCUA